AUGGAAAACCUCGGCUCAUCCCGUGGCCUCAGUACCUCUGAUUUAAAUCAUGCUUCUUCCAAAAGCUCAGACAUCGACGAACUCCGCUCUGGCAUGAACAACCUAGAGUUGCAGCUUGCUAAAUCUAAAGAAGAAAAAGCGCUGAUUUUGCACCAAUUAGAAGAAACUGCAGAUGUCCUUGAGCGGACUCAAAAACAGAUUGGUGACCGUGAUAACGUUUUACAUGAAAAAGAUAGGCAAAUAAAAGACUAUGAAUUCCGCUUAGAGCAGCUGCAAAGGAAAAGUCCACAUGUCAACCUUGACGUUCUAAGUUUCCAAGCUGAAUUGAAAAAGAGAGAUGACGAAAUUAAAGAACUCAGAGAAAUCAUCAAAAAUAAAGAUAAAGCACUUGAGUCUGUAUCAGCAAGCUACCACUUAGAGUAUCAACGGCUUAGAGAUGCAGACGAAAGAAUUGUUCAAAAGACCAAAACAUUAGAAAAUCUGCAGGUAAAAAUAAAGGAGAAUGAAAGUAGUAUCGAUAACUUGUAUUUAUCGAAAAGAUCAGAAGGCACAAUGAUGCUAGAAAUCGAGCAUUUUAAAGCAGACAACGCAAGACUUAUGAGACUGUUGAAGUCCACAAAGGAAUUUAAAGAAUUCGGGGAGUUUGCAGAAGCCUCAAAUGGCGUUAGGUAUUUGCCUCAGACAAACCCUACAAGCCAUUAUGACUGUGUAAAAGCAAAAAUAACUGAAGAAUGCGACGACUGGAUCCCGCUUGAAACUGCAAGAUUAGCCAACGAGUUUUUGACUAAAUAUGGGAACGUUGGGUUUAAAUCCCAUCACAUGAACAGAUUUUUGGAAGAUUUAAAUAAGGCUUGGAGAGCAAGAGAAAAAUGUUUGAUGAGCAUUGUGAGAAGUAAGUGCAUGAGAGAAGUCGAAACUCUGAGGAGAAAAUUAGCAACAAGGCCAUCAUAUUCUCAAGUGCAAUCAGAGACUGAAAUCAGUAGACUUAAGACUGACUUGAAGAAAGCUCAUAGCGAUUUAAGAGGCGGAAGAACUACGUUAUAUUAA